AACUUGAGGCUCUUCGACUUGGAUUGAUCCAAAUGCUUCGCCCCAAUAAUGCCAUCUAUUAUUUGGGCGCAUUUGCGAACAUUAAAGAUCUAAGUAAGAUCCGGCGGAAUGUGGAUCAAACCAAUAUUGAUUCAUUGGGCUAUCCGGUUAAUUUGACGCUACCGAAUGAUCUAGCGUUUUGUCAAGCAGGCCAAAACGGACUUGACUCAAUAGAUGAAGACCCUCAUGUCCUUGGUUUGGUUCUCCACCGUACCUUACAGACAUACCACGAAUUGAUCCAAAACCAAGAUGAUCGCUCCAAGCAAGGUUUCAUUUGCGAGAUUGAUAGAGAGUGGACCUGUCCAUAUCAUUUUAUCUUGAUACAAGACACUUGUUUCAAAAGAAUGAAUGUAAAAAAGACUUAUGACGGAGCAAGCGACUAUUGCUCUGAUUUUGGCUAUCAAUUGGCAAGGCCCACUAACAUCAUUGAAGUCGAGUUUCUUCGCCAAAUUAUCUGGGAGGAGGGCAACAAUGAUAGUUACUGGGUUGGCCUCAGUUUUGCCCAAGAUGGAGAAAGCGACCAGUUUGGUUUUUUUCUGAACGGGUCUAUUGGGGACUGUCUAGCUGUGACGAAAUAUCCGAAUGGCGACGUCCAAUUUCAAUUGAAAGCUUGUGAUGGAACCAGGAAGGUUAUUUGUCAGACGGAUCAAGUGUCUAUUUCGGCUCAAAAUGGAAAAAUACCGGCUCCAAUUGGACUAUUCCCAUUGGAAAAGAUGAAUGGAACAAGGAAUGUACUUGCAUCCCAGUUGGCUAUCCUCAGUUCCGUGAACAUCGGAUUUCACUCCAGACAAGUCUUGCCCUUGAAAUUUAUCGGAAAUGCCAGAUUUACGUCCAAAGCUCAUUCGUAUCUCAAACUGGACGUCCUGAACGGAGCGAAAAUAUUUCAUAGAUCGGAAAUCACACUAUUGGUUUGGAUGGACCUGGAAGAUGAUUUGAGCCAGCAAUACGUUCUAUUGGUAACUAAGGACAAAAGUACAUUCAAGGAAAUCAGUCAUAACCAAUCUAAUUUCUAA